GCCCGUGUUCGUUCAAAAACCUCUCGACUCUCGCCGCUCUCGAUCAGUUACUUAGUUGAGUCCGCUUAUAUACUUAAUUACCAUUAAUGUUACUAAUGAGUUUUUCGUCCGGAGUAUAAUGUUUAUUAGUCAUAAUUAGUUAAUCUCGUUGUCUGCCGUUGGUACUUUACGUGUGUUUGAAAACCCAUCAAUUAAUGCAUACUCAAGGGAAUGAUACAUGCAGCACUAUAAUUCGGAKUUAGAGCUCAAUGUUCCGAAUACUUGGAACUCGCUCAUUAGUGUACCUAUGAUAUAGACCUCUAGAACAGAAAAAUGCAUUCGUCGUGUGGCCACUUCAGUCUAAUACAGGACGGCUGUGGUGCUAUAUCAUCGGCCAAAAGCACCGUAGACGCUGUACCAGUAUUCACCAAAAAGACACAAAAUACUCGAAAACCAAAUAUUCCAGAUGAUGAAGCAAAAAACUUUGAUAUUGUUAAAGCUACUCAGUAUGGACUAUUGAACCGAUGUAAAGAAAUAAUUGAAAGUGGUUAUGACAUAAACAAACCAGAUCCCCAAAAUAUUUAUCUCCUACAUUGGGCCGCGAUUAACAAUAAGAUUGAUUUAAUUAAAUAUUACAUUUCAAAAGGCGCAGUUGUAGACCCUGUUGGAGGUGAUCUACGAGCAACUCCAUUACAUUGGGCUACUAGGCAAGGUCAUUUAUCUGCAGUGGUAUUAUUAAUGAGCAAAGGAGCAGAUCCGUGUUUUUAUGACGUUGAAGGACGUGCUUGUUUGCAUAUUGCUGCACACUUUGGUUUCACAGCAAUUGUAGCUUAUUUGAUUGCCAAAGGCGUAGAUGUAAAUUUGCGCGAUAAAAAUGGAAUGACUGCUCUCAUGUGGAGUUCAUAUAAGUCCUUAGGACUUGAUCCAACUAAACUUUUAAUAACCCUUGGUGCUUCUAUGUCCAUACAAGAUGAUGUGCAUAGGAACACUCCACUUCAUUGGGCUCUGAUUAGUCGGAAUCCUACAGCCAUCAGUAUUCUAGUCAUGAGAGGAUCAUCAUUGACAAUUAGAAAUUCAAUAGGAUGUACCGCUUUAAAUUUAAUUCAUGAGUCUAGAUCAGAAGUGUGGAUAGGAUUGAAUACACUAAAAAUUGUGGAUGAUAAAAUGAAGCCAAAGAAUAUUUUAUCAAAAUUAAAUGAACAAACUAUAUCCAUUAUAAUUGUUUCUCUAGCAUUUUAUGUAAUUGGAUUUAUAUUGGACUCUCACAUGAUAUAUGUAGCAAAAUUAUGUUGUUUGAUUAUUGGCUAUCUCAUUAUGUAUAAACUAAACCGUACAUAUGCAUCAGUAUCCAAAACACUGCCUGUGUCAGUUUAUUUUGCAACAAAAUUUUGGAUGUAUGUCACUUGGAUAUUUUGGAUACUACCAGUCAUAAGUUUCUGGUGUUCAGUUGGUUUUUUUGUUACUACAUCAUUGUUGUGGUAUAACUUUAUGUACAGUUGGAAUGGCAAUCCAGGAUAUGUGCCGAAUACUAAAAAUGAUCAAUAUACUGCUAUCAUUGAAUUGGCUGAAAGCUCUGGAUUUAGUUCGGAUGUGUUUUGUAGUACAUGUUUGAUUAAAAAGCCAAUCAGAUCAAAACAUUGUAAUAUUUGUAAUAGAUGUGUAGCAAAGUUUGAUCAUCAUUGUCCUUGGGUGAACAAUUGCAUUGGUAUUUUGAAUCAUCGUCACUUUAUUGGUUAUCUUAUAUCCCUACUUGCAGCAUGCGGUUUUAUUAUUUAUGGAUGCAUAAAAUAUUUGAAUAUGGCAAAUCAAUUUAAUGAACAAACUUUUCAUUAUAAUAUAUUUUAUGUUAUUUGGGAAAUUCUCAUACUAGACUCUUGGGUCAGUUGGAUUAUGAUAAAUGCUAUUUUACAUUCAAUUUGGGUAUCAAUGCUGUUAGGAUGUCAGACCUACCAAAUUGUAUGGCUCGGUAUGACAACUAAUGAACGUAUUAAUGCUGCACGUUAUGAGCACUUUAUUCCACAUGGAAAGGGAUAUAAGAGCCCUUAUAAUCGUGGUAAAUGUCAAAACCUCUUGGAUUUUAUCCAGUGCCAUUGUAUUCGUUUCAGAUUUUUAAAUGAGAAAGUAUGGUUCAAUUAUUGUGACUUUCAAGUUUUUAAUGAAUUAGAAUUGAAUUUUCCUGCUGUAAAACCUGAUUUGGAAUAUGUUUGAAUAUUUUGAUUAUAUUUUCAAUUAGCAAUAAAUUGUAAACUACUAAUUUAUUAAUAUUAACGUUAA